CAGUCCCCCACUGUCCCUGUUGUACAGUAUACUGUAGUUCCAGACCCACCGCAGCAGUGCUCAUAGAUAGUGUGAGUGAAAAAGAGCGGGAGUUGGAGAUUGUGAGGAUGGGUAAAGGAGCGUAAGGGGGUAACACACACAAUCGAGAGAGGGAGUGAAAGAGGGGGAAGAGAGAUAGAGAGAGAGAGAACUGCGAUAUCCGCCAACCCUCCCAGGCGCGAGGUUCUUGAUUACUGUCAAGCGCGCACACCAUUCGGAUAUCGCUCCUGUGACAGCCAGGAUGAGUUCGUGCAGUAGCAGAGCGCUGACCAUCCUGUCCACGGUGUUUGGGGCGUGUGGUCUACUGCUGGUGGGUGUGGCUGUGUCUACAGACUACUGGCUGCUGAUGGAGGAGGGCAUCGUGCUGCAGCAGAACCAGAGCAUGGAGGUCAAGAUGGCCCUGCACUCUGGCCUCUGGAGGGUUUGCUUCGUGGCGGGGACAGAGAAUGGGAGAUGUGUGGCGUCAGAGUAUUUCACUGAGCCAGAGAUAGAGAUCACCACAGAGAAUACUGCUAACAUUCUGAAGAUGGUGCGGACGGCCACUCCGUUCCCCAUGGUGUCUCUGCUUUUCGUCUUCACAGCCUUUGUCAUCAGUAACAUCGGACACAUCCGGCCCCAGCGCACCAUCCUGGCCUUCGUCUCCGGGAUCUUCUUCAUCCUGUCAGGCCUGAGUCUGGUGGUGGGGCUGGUGCUCUACAUCUCCAGUAUUAAUGAUGAGGUGAUGAACAGACCGAGGGAGCCUGAACAGUUCUUCAACUACCGCUACGGCUGGUCGUUUGCCUUUGCAGCCUCCUCCUUCCUACUCAAGGAGGGUGCUGGGGUGAUGUCAGUCUAUCUGUUUAUGAAGCGUUAUGCUGAGGAGGAGAUGUACCGCCCCCACCCAGCCCUCUACCGCCCCCGUCUGUCUGAGUGCAGCGACUACAGCGGCCAGUUCCUCCACCCUGAGACCUGGCCUCCUCCUAAGAGGGGCCGUAGUGACUCCCGGGCCUCCAGCGACAUCUCCAUCCAGAUCAACCAGACCCCCCCGCAGCCCACCAAAAACCCCCUGCAGGGCAACCAAGGUGGGGGCAUGGGGUCCAACAUGGGCCCUGGGUCUGGGUCCUCCUCAGGAGCUAGCUACCAGCUGCCUCCACUGUCUGGGGCCUACAACACCCACACACUCCAACACCAACACUCACACGGUAACUCCCAGGCCAUGGCCAUGCCCCCUUCCACUGGACCCCCUCACUACCACACACACAUGCACAUGGGCGCCUCCCCCUGUUAGAGAGAGGGAGCGCAAGGGACAGGGACAGGGAGGAAGUAAGUGUGAAGAGCAAGAACGAUGGAGUAAGUGUGAAAAGGGAGAGGGAGAAGGAUUGAGGGAUUAGUGUUAUUAACAUACAUUUGGUAUUAAAAACUGAGAGAUGGGCAGAGAGAGAGAGAAAGAGGGUUCAGGAGAGGUGGAGGAGUUGUCAAGGAUAGAGAGAUGAGGGGGAUGGAGAGAAAGUGACAGAGAAUAAAGUAUGUGAUUUCUUUAGAGCUUAGAAUCUGUGACAAAAAGGGCUGAGAGGGAGAGAGGGAGAGAGAGGGAGAAAGGGAGAGACAGGGAGAAUGAGAGAGACAGGGAGAGGGGGAG